AACUAUUUUUUUGAGCUCUGUAUCUAUAUUCUGAAUUAAAUGAGUAAUCUUCUAUUUCAGAUGAUAUCCUGUAGGUAUUAGAAUCUAGAUGUAGAAUGGAACCACUUUUAUCCAAUAUAGAGAAGGAUACAAAUAAUUCUACUAAACUAAAGAAUAUUAACACCUCCGCUAAAACUGCACUAGAUUUUUUGAAUUCCUACUCCAGGGCUCCCUCUUCAGAAUACAGAAAACAAGUUCUUCAAGUUGUGAGUGCCUGUUUAGAGACCAAUAUACAUAGACAAUGCGUGUUUGCAAAACAGAUAUUGGAGAAAAUGGGACGAGACAACAGGUUCUACGACAAGGAGGAGGAGACGGGUGAGAAGGAGGGAAAGAAGGAGUGGGAGCUGGAGGAGGAGAAGGAGAACUACAUGGCUUUUCAGGUAGUAUUAAGCCUGCAGCACCUGCCUGUGCUAGGCCAGGAAAGUCAAGUUGACCUGCUUCAAGCUUUGCUUUACCUCUCCUGCCAACCUUACUGGAACACAUCGGGGCAGGUCACUCUUCAGAUAAUAAGCCUAUGUGAAGAAGUGUGCGGGGGAGGUACAUCUGUUAGGGUAGCAGCUCAGAAUACAGCUACUAGCUGUAUAGCAGUUUAUUGCAGGCAAGUAAUGAUUGGGAAGAGUUCCCCUGAUCAACUUCUACCAACCCUGCAAUAUAUUGUCAGCAAAAUAGAACAACAUUCAAGAAAUGACGAUGGAGAACGAAAGAAGAAAGAUAAUUUUGAACAAGAAUUUCUGAUCAGCUGUCUGGAAGUUGCCUUGUUCUCGCUAGAAAAUGUUUGUGAGCAAAGUGAACACUUUUCUACAUUUGUCUGGAGAAACCUUUGUCCAGCAAUUAUCAGAUGCCUGAUAAGAGGACAUGGUUAUAAUCUUGCCACAUCAGCUGUUCAUCUUUUAGGUCAGGAUAUGAAUCAGAGACCUGUUUUAGAAGCAAUCUUUGAUAGAAUGCUUGUCCAGGUUAGUCCCGAGAAGAGACUACCUGGGUUGAAGGCAGUGCAUAAACUAGUGCUUGCAGAAUCAGGCCAACUUAAAUUUGCCUUACAGGCAUAUAAUGAUACUCAGGCAAAGGGGUCCAACGACAUGGCUCUUUUUGUAAUGUUAUUUGAAGUACUGGAUGAGUGUACUGAUGUAAAUGAUCCUGAGCUGAUCAAUGAGUGCCUGGAGAUCAUAAAUCAGAUCAUGACAAAGCUGAAGGAGUGGGUGGAGGGGGAGGGUCUGCAGUUGGAGAUGGUGGAGUUCAUAAACAAAACCUACCCUUCCUUGAAGGAUGCUGACUAUAUAGGUCCUUACACCUAUUCUGCUGGCGGGAGGAUUCCUGCUGAGUUUAUGAAAAUUACUGCUGACGUUCAAAAAGCAGAAACCGAGCAGAGUGUAUCAGAAUAUGGUUUACAUGAAGAUGAACUUGAUGAUUCCUUUGAUUCCUCUGAUACCAGUCAUUACUCAGAUGAUACAAAUAUCUAUCGUCAAACAAAGAAGGAGGAGAAUGAGCAUGAAAAGAUCCCUAAAUAUCUCCAUAGUCCAAAAAGUGAUACUAGUGAGGAAGAACUGGAGGAGAGAGAAACUGAAAACGCCAAUACGUUCUGUAAAGUUUUUAAGAAUCGAAUUGCAAGGCUUAACUGUAUUAGAUCUGCGGCCGAAAUUGAUCAAAAAAUUCAAGAGUUUUCCUCACAAUUUUGUCAGGAUUUUUCCUCUCACUCCCCCCGAGCUCAGAAGAUUGAUGGUGGACUUGAAACUAUUCUCAGUGGAGACGGAGUUUAUCUAACCUGCUAUUAUGCUAUUCAACUAAGCAUCAGGUUGAGAAAUGAAAACUAUUUUGAAUCCGACCGCGGGGAGAGGGAGCCGUGUGUUACUAAGAAUGAGUUUAUGAAAAAUAUCUUGGAAUCUGGAACACUGGUUUAUAUUUCAUCCAGGUGGAUUUCUAAGGUUUAUGAAAACUUGAUAGAAACCGAUAUCUUUGGUGGACUUAAGAUCAGUUCCCCGAUUCUCAACAUAUGCCUUGAUCUUGACAACCCUGGAGAGACUAAAUUAAAUUCCCAGUUUUUAUCUGAGUUCAGGAGAAUCGGAAAUACAUUAGAGCAGUGUGCUAGAGAGAGAAAGAAAGCUGGCGUGAGAUUGUCCCGAAGAAUAUUGUCGGCUGUAUGGGAUUAUACAGUAGCCAUCUCUUCCAAACCAAAUAUCACAAAAACAACUACACAAGGACUAAAAUCAUCGCUGGGUCUUCUUGUGAGAAACAAGAAGAAUAACAAAUUCAAGUUCAAGAAUAGAGAAUUCGAGACAGUAAACCUCAGCAUCGUUAACUCUUUAGUUGAGCUGGCUAAAGCUGUGGAACUACACGAGUUAGCAGGUUCUGCAAUGAGGAUUCAAGUUGAGAUAGCGUGCCAGUCUAACAGUAAUAAAAAGAUAAAGUUGAAAGUUUCUCGGUUUAAAGCUUUAGAAUGUUUGCUAGAUAAUGGGUUGGAACUUGCUUCACACUCACAGGAUUGCUGGAAACAUAUUUUCUACUGUAGCAAGUAUAUUCAGAACUUGGAGCAAUCAAUAUUUCGACCAAACCUUCAGGAUUCAUCUACGGAAGGUCCAAAGCUGUCUCCAGGAGAUAUUAUUUACCCCGGCUCAGCACGAGAUCAGGGAUGGUUGGGUUUCAUGAAAGAGCCAGCCUCUAGAACGUACAAGGAUCUUGAUCAAAUAUUGAAAUUAUCAAAUAUCAAUGAUUUCAGUUUAGCCCUCAGCAAGGAAGUAGCAGAGCUGUGCAUAUCACAUCUAUCCCAGAAAAUAGAAAAAGUGUAUCACGGCGCUUCAAACACACUUAAUAUGAAAGCCUUGCUUGGGUUUCUUCAAGAACUGGUUUUUCAAUCGAGAAAACAGCUGAUCACAUGCCAAACCAAACAAAAUGGAGGAAACAAUUUAUAUCCAGAGGUUUUAUUGCUAACUAAACUGACUGAUUCAAUGCUACAGAUUAUAAAAUCUGCUAGACCGCUGGUUCACGUUAUGCUUUCUUGGGCAAUCGCCGGCCAGCAUUUUAUGGAGGGAGGUGGUCAUUCACAUCUUAUGAUUGCAAAACUUUCUGUACAGGCUAUCCAUGACAGCAUCAGUAAUUUCCUUCACCAUCACACAGAGAUAUCGUAUUUCCACUUUAAUGAGUCCCUGUUUAAACCAUACGAGUCUCUUAUCAUGCUGGAGCUAUGUGACCAGGAUGUUCAGGAUCAGAUAAUAUCAAGUAUUCAGCAGUUUGUAGAAGGUUCUCCUUCUGAGAUUAGAUCAGGAUGUAAACCUUUGUUUGGUGCCCUUAGAUCUCUUAAAUUCUAUCAUCCUAACCUUUCAAGAUCCAUCACAGAGCACUCUCACAUUGGAGCAAUUCUCGACGUUUUUGAAGCAUUCCUGUCCACUGAUAAUCCAGUCGUCUUCGCUCAUGCAGCUCUCAACUGUGUCAUGUGCCUCAUCAAGUAUAUCAAGGGUAGCAUGGAGCAGAGAGAACUAGAAGAACUAGUCGAUAUCAGAGAUGUGUGUACACCUACACCUGGAAUUUGCGAGUCCGCCUUAGGAUAUAUUAUAAGAUGUCAUUCUAUCCUGGCCAAGAUGUACCUCAUGCCUGCUUGUCCAGUAUUCUGGGGAUCCCAAAAGAUAAACAUGGGAAACCAACCAAUAACUGUCAGCUCAACUUUACUGCACAUACAGGUUGUUAGUUUUGACCCAGAAACAGAUACUCUGCUAGAUUUUCCCUUCUCAUUUUCAACUUUAGAAACACAAGUAUCUUCCACCCUCUCCUUUCUGCACAGGAGUGGUUUGAUAAGAGUUUGGUUUAUCCUGCUGGAUGGUUUAGUAUCUGCUUUAUCCUCCUGCCCUUUAUCCAGUCAAGCUGAGACUAUCAAUACUUUCUUUACUCUGAUGGAUUCCAUGAAAUGUUCUGAGUUUAUCAGUUUUGGACUAUUCUGUAUAAACCAUCUUCUACUGCCUGCAAUACAAAAUUGGACCAGGGCUACCGAAAAACUCUUUCAAGGUUGGGAGAGAUCAGGUGCUGGGAUGAAACAGACUCUUGGUUUAACAGUAGAUCUUGUUCUUGAUGUUCUAAAUAGUACUAGGGAGGAUAACAGGUUUGAUAUCAGAUCUGGAAGUUACCUAAUGCUAAAACAGCUUGUUAUUGUUUUGGUAGAGUGCACUGUAGUUUCCAACGAACAUAUUGCCAGAUUCAGCUGUUCAUGUUUCAAACAUCUUAUUCAGAGUCAGGGUGAAUAUUUUGAAGAAUCUGAAUGGGAACUUGUCAUCCUAAGCCUCUGCAGAUCUCUGCAGUUGACCCUGUACCCUGUACACCAACUAAUGGCUAGCUUCAAGCCUGGAUCCUCUAGGUUUUAUGGAGAUGUAGGUUCUGUUAAGAUUGCAGCUCGGAGGGAUUCUACUCUCAAAGAUUCAAACAGGAUUAAUCAGCUGGCUCACCAAGUUUUACUGUUGGAAGAGCAGCGGGAUUCAGGGGAAAAUAUCCCCGGAAACCCUGAUGAUGAGGAUAGGUCUUAUUUGUUUUUAUUGGAGCCAAACUAUGCAGCAACUUCAUCGCAGAAUAUAAAGGGCCAACAGAUCAAGAAAGAAGACUCUCUUACUAUCCGAGUAACAAUGAGGAGUCUAGUCACGAGUCUUAUCGCUCAUAAUAUUCUCAUUAACAUCAUUCAAGAUAUCACAGAAGCUGCUGGGUUUAAGAUAAAGACAGAACAAGCAAAACUUCUGAUUCUUGUACUCAAACAAUCAGCAGCAGCAGCACAGGAGUUUGACUCCAGGCCCGGCUUGAAGUUUCUUGUACAGAAAGUAGCACAUCUACCCUCAGCAGCUAAUUUGUACACACAAACUGUACUAGCUUGGACUACUAGAGCAAAUCUACUUAUAUCUCUCUGUAAAUCUGAAACAAAACUUUACUCCCUUACCUCAACAGAUAUUAAACAGCUUAUUCAGGACAACAGAAGAAAUUACAGGAAAGGGGAGCCUGGAGAACCAAACUCACAUCUUGUGUUCAUUCAACUUUACGAUCUUAUUCUCAACCUGGCAGAAAUAUAUUCUCUUUAUAAUCCAGUCUCAAGAAAUGUCCAAGAAAAAUCUGAGAACUGGAAUUCUGAAACUUCUGAUCAGAAAAUAGACACACAAAGUUCUACCAUAAAAUCUUCUCUACAAAGAACGAUGAGUAAUUCAUCAAACGACAUUAUUGUUGCUAUAGAACGUGUUAUCCAAGAUAAAGAGUUUAAUAACCCGUGCUAUGGUGAAACCCCAAAUAACUUGGAAGAGUUAGAAUUAGAAACCUCUAAUUUUAGAUUGGAUGAAUGCACAGAGCUCCAAGCUAAUAUUAAUGAUUAUACAAAUGCAAUUACUGGAGAUGAAUUAGUCUCUGAACCAAGGACCUCAGUGAGGAUAGAUGAUGUUGAAGCUCCACAUGAAGAACUAGUAUUAGAAAAUGAACAAGAUUCUGAACGAGUUAUUACUACUAAAUCAAGUAUAUUUGAACAAACACAAGAACUCCAGAAUAUUGAAAAGAACCCUGAGGUUACUCCUGAACCUAACAAUACUGAUCAGAACUCUGAGGUUACUCAAGAACCAGAAACUACUGAUCAGAACUCUGAGGUUACUCAUGAACCCAACACUAUUAAACAGAACUCUGAGGUUACGCCUGAACCCAACACUAUUAAACAGAACUCUGAGAGUACUCCUGAACCCAACACUACUGAACAAAACUCUGAGGUUACUCCUGAACCCAACACUACUGAACAAAACUCUGCGGUUACUCCUGAACCCAACACUACUGAUCACUUCUCUGAGGUUACUCCUGAACCCAGCAAUACUGAACAGAACUCUGAGGUUACUCCUGAACCCAACACUACUGAACAGAACUCUGAGGUUACUCCUAUACCAGAAACUACUGAACAGAACUCUGAGGUUACUCUUGAACCCAACACUACUGAACAGAACUCUGAGGCUACUCCUGAACCAGAAACUAAUGAACAGGACUCUGGGGUUACUCCUGAACCCAACACUACUGAACAGAACUCUGAGGUUACUCCUGAACCAGAAACUACUGAUCAGAACUCUGAGGCUACUCCUGAACCCAACACUACCAAACAUAAUUCUGAGGUUACUCCUGAACCAGACGCUACUGAACAGAACUCUGAGGUUACUCCUGAACCCAACACUACUGAACAGAACUCUGAGGUUACUCCUGAACCCAACACUACUGAACAGAACUCUGAGGUUACUCCUGAAUCCAACACUACUAAACUGAACGCUGAUACAAACCCUGAACCCAGCGACAAUAUUAAACAAUCAAGCCAAGAAGCUAAAAGUAGCGAAAAUGCCAACAGUGACGACCUGAAAGUUCAAGUCAGUGCACACAACUGUGGAAAGACUCCUUUCUCCUUUUCUGAUUUUGUCGCGCAGCCUCACAGACCAGAUUCUCCAAAUUUGAGCAUAGCCUCGGACGAAGGGACUGCAUGUAACGGAGUUAAUGCACUUAAAGAUAAAGAUGAUGAGAUUAUUCCUACAUCAGAGAAAGAACAGAGUAGAGAAGAAUCAACUGAACAUCUUCAUAAACUUGACAAGGAGAUGUCUAUUCUUCCCAUUGAUCCAUUCGCUUUCCAUCAUCCGUACUUACACAUGGCAACUAGAGAGUUUACGUACAGUGCCUGGUACCUGGUAAUUCUUACUAGUUCUCUUGAGCCCGGAAAACCGGAAACGGAUGAAUCCAACCCUUUCCCUGAAACCCUAGACGUAUACAACUAUCCAGAUCUUACAGCUAGCAGAAUCUCUAUCCAUAAAGAGCAGAAACCUGAUCCAAAACUGGAAAAAUCCGGUUUAAAACAUCAUCCACAACUGGAAUUAUCCGGUUCAAGUCCUCAUCAACCUGGUUCAAAACCUCAUCCACAACUGGAAAUAUCCGGUUCAAAACCUAAUCCACAACUGGAAAUAUCCGGUUCAAGACCUCAUCUACAAAUGGAACGAACUGGUUUAAAACUUCAUCCACAACUGGAAAAUUCCAGUUCAAGAUCUCAUUCUAAACAGGAACAGACCAGUUCAAAACCUAAUCCACAACUGGAAUUAUCCAGUUCAAGAUCUAAUUCUAAACUGGAACGAAACAGUUCUAAAUCUCAUCCUGAACUGGAACAAGCUGGUUCAAAACCUUAUCCAAACCUUGAGCUUUCUAGUUCAAAACCUCCCCAACUCAAUCCAAAACUGAAGCUAUCUGGACUACAAUUAUCAACAACUACUACUCGAUCCUUACCCCCCUCCUCGCCAAUUCUAAUUCAACCACUCCAACCUUCCUCUAAUGCUUCAGUUGAAACUACAUCAUCAUCAAAUUAUGUCCCUUCAAACCCUAGGGUUCAAACUACACCAUCAAAUGAUAUCCCUUCAAACCCUUCAGUUCAAACUGCACCGUCAAAUGAUAUCCCGUCAAACUCUUGGGUUCAAACUACACCGUCAAAUGAUAUCCCUUCAAACCCUUGGGUUCAAACUACACCAUCAAAUACUAUUCUAUCAAACCCUUCAGUUCAAACUUCUACAUCCAAUUCUAAAAGGGGAACGAAAACUGUUAAACAAUCAAUGUCAACCAAAUCAGCGAAAUCGGACGAAAUCCACGAAAUAUCAGCAAACAACCAUGCUAGCUCGAUAGAGGUUGAUGAGCCAAUGAUAAGUGAAGAGAUUCAAUAUGAAGAUGAAAGGGUGGAUGUGAGUCAAAAUAAUGCUGAGCAUCCUGUAACCGGAUUAAAGAGUUUAUCAAUUGUACCACCAAACAUGACUGAGACAGAAUUCUCCAGAAUAAUGAUAGGUGCACUUUGUAAAAGCCUAAAACUAUCUCUCAGUUCAGUGCAAGUGAAUUCAGUUCGAUCAAGUGUGGAGCAAGCUGUAUUAAAUAUAUCCUUGGAUAAGCCAACCCUUCACUAUGUUCACACCAGACUGAUGAAUCUGAGAGUGUUGAUGGUAGCUGGGAACCCUGUACAUGUUUAUGUCAAAUCUGGAAAACUUGAACAUCUAUACCUCAGCCAAGAAAAGGCUGAAGAUGGAAACCUGAUUCUUCUUCUUGCUUCCUUCUGUCUUGGUCUUCUAGGUCUCCUAGUCACGUGUCUGGUUCUGGUCUAUUUUGGCGCCAAAAUUCUACAGAGAGAUGAGGAAGACGACGAAAACAAAGAUUUAAUUGAGCAGGAUUUCUUGAGCGAAGAGAUAACGAAUGAUGAGACGAAUGAAGAUGAGCAGGGGAGUUUUAUCAGUCCUGAAAUAUCAUUUAUCGAGUUGGGAUUCCCAUCAUUUACUAACCAACAAAGUUUAAUCAUUGAAGAAGUCGACGCAGUCGCGAAGAGACCAAAUCUGAAAAUUCCAGGAGUGUGUGCAGUUUUAAACCAUCUGAAUCUAGUGCGGGACACGUAUAUUAAUGUUCGCACUUAAACCAGUACCUAUGUCAUCAAAUUAAUUGUGUAUAAUAAACUAAAGUUAAAAUAAAGAAUUUAAAAACUA